AUGUAUUGCCCUUACUCCCUUAUAUGGCUUUUAUAAGGUACAACACUGUGUGAUGCGAAAAAAUACCUAUGCACUGAAUUUUUCUUUUCUAGAUCAAUCUUACAAGCUGGAAAGUUAUUUACAAAACACACUAUUGUAUAAACAGUCAUGGAUCCACGAACACCUGACCUUGCUGUGUUCCAGCUUUGGAAGAUGAUGAAACACCCUCAACAAAAUAACGAUGACAGCAAUACCGUAAUCAUAGAGCAAUACUAACAACUGUUAUGGCAACUGAUUUGACCAAAUUGUGAAACAAAGCUAUCUGAACUGGAAGCAUGGCUUCUGGUGGACAGCGUCCAAAUUCAGGUCCAGACACCAAGCAUUACGACACAGCUGAAAAGCGAGAAUGUCGAGAGACACUUACCAAACACGCUGUAGAAUGUCUUACAACAGCAAGAAAAACGUCAACUUGUGUCCAACGACACCAAGUGCGAGAAGCUUGGGACAAGUUCGAAAAAAGUGGAGAAGCAAAACGUUCGUUCAAUGAUGAAGAAGUGAUACAAAUAAAAGAUGAAAUUAGAGAAUGGGAACUCUUUCAUGACAGUCAAACGAAAGAGAAGAAACCCUCCGAUCUUCGUGUGUGCUACAUCGCUGGUGAAAACCCUCUCAAUGAACUCAAUGUGUUUAUCAAAAAUGGUAUCCUUAGCCAGAACAUUUGCGUCAUUGUGAAGAACAGUGAAGCCAUUGAAAAUGUAUGGGAGGUUGCCAUGGAUUCUCGCAGUGCCAGAAAAGUCCAACUUUUCAAGGGUACUUUUCUUGAGUGUAUGAAAGAAACUGAAGGUCAAUUUGAUAUAAUUUCCUUUGAUUCUACUGAUUCAUUGCCAUCUCAGGAGCACGUCAUUUUAAAUGCUAUAGGACAUGUAUUCCUCUACAACAAGCUGGCAUCUCCAGGAGCACUGAUCACUACCUUCUCGGUUCCACCAGAGGAUACCAAGGAAAACUACAGUGACUACAUAUUCUACCAAGUUAUUGAUACACCAAAUGUGUACAUUCCCACUCUUAGAAGACUGAUUUCGUUAAGUUCCCAAAAUAAUAAUCCAUUUGGGGAACAAUCAAUUGAGAGAAAAGAGUGUUCCACAGAAAAGGUGAAGAAUCUCAAUCCAUCAUCUGAACCUCCCCAGAAAUCUCAUGAGAACGCAUCUUUUAAAGCAUGGCAAAAUCUUCCGCAUGGCCUUGAUACUUCCACUGACGUUGUUCUUCCUCGCCACUGGACACAAAUGGUUUCAUUUCUUCUGGCCGGGCAGAUACAUCAUCCAUCAUAUAUCGUCCCAGAAAAACUUUUGCGAUUGAAACGUGAAGGGCAGAUGUUUUCUGAUGUAUUCAUUUUUGACAACUGCCGGUAUGUAUUUCAGCAGUUUCCUUCUGUGAACUAUGAGCACUCUGAAGUAUUCCAAUCAAAAAGGUUUUGGGUAGUCCAAACUAUCGCCGAACGCCUGGCAAAUAAACUAGGAUUUAUUUACAGAGAUGACUUUGACUAUUGCCAGUCUACGACAUCAGAUGAGCCAAUAGAAAUUCGAAAGAGGAAAGCCAUAAUUCUCACAAAAGGGUUAAAGUACUCAAAAUCCAUGAUAAACUUCGAUGAAUACCUUAAAGAGCACACUGAGAAAAUGAAUAAAUGCACACCAAAUCGUCUAAGGAUUGGUCCUCGCAAGCUGCCUUUUAGUCGGCAAGACAGCCUACGCAAGUCGUGUCCGGAAAGAGGUCGUCAACAUCGGUUAAGAUGGUCAGGUAAAGAGUCAGGUCCUAUAACCCUGGAAACAUUCGAUCCAAUAGACCUAAUCGGCUUCAACAUUAUUCAAAUUAUCCAGGGAUAAGUUUCAUUGCUCGUUGUAUUUUCAUUUCACAGUUGAUUUCUUAGAAACAAAACUGUUCUUUUUCCCAAAAGAUUUGAAUUGGGUGGCAAUGUACAUAGCAAUUAGGUCUGUUGAAUCGUGGCUCAAAAAGUUUACAUAAAGGGAUCUUUGCAGAAAAGUUGAUCGAUUUGUAUAAUUCUUAGGCACUUAACGUGGGAGGGGGUGUCACUAUUUUUUCUUGAGGUCUAAGAAUGUUUUACUCAAAAUUUCCAAACCGACUGGGUGAUUUGAGAAAAUGCGACUAGCCAAUCAGCGCAAAGCUGACAAGCUUAUGUUGUAAACAUAACCC